CGAGUGGUUGGUAUCGGCAGUCGUUCGCCACACGCAUUGUGAUACGCUCAUCGCCGUUCUCGGACAAAAAUGUGUCUCGGAUACAUUGUGUACUGAAGUUUGUGUCAGUGCUCGUGUUAACUCUCGUCAUAAUACUGUACAUUACUGCUAAUUUAUCAUAAGACUCAGAAAUGAUGGCACCCGAAACAGUGGUAACCGUGGAUCACAACAAACCGAAUUCACCACCUCAGCAGCAGCAACAGCAGCAGGGGAAUGCGCUCGAAUGGAUCAAAUUCAACGUUGAUUACUUCAAAACACCGCCUGGCCUACUCAAAGUUAUCGAAUUGGUUUUAGGCAUUCUGUGUAUGGCGCUCGGCUCGCCGUGGUAUUCAACGUUCUUCGUGUUCGUUGCUGUCACGUGUUUUAUCACUACACUGUUGUGGAGUUUUGUGUACCUGCUCAGUGUCAGAGAAGCACUUAAGCUGCCCAUCAAUUGGGUGUUAUCGGAGUUGAUCGGUACCGGUAUCCAGACGUUGAUGUACUUCAUAGCGUUCAUCAUCAUGUUCGCGAAUACGUCAUCCAUAUACGGCCCCUACUACGGGAGUAACGUCGCGGCAGCUGUGUUCGGUUUAUUCAACACUGUGGCGUACGCUGGAAGCUCUUUCUUCUUGUUCAAAGACCACAGAAGCGCAAUGGCUGUGUCAUCGUGAGGUGUACGCUGCAACUACGGUGGCCAGUAAAAUAAAAAUCCAAAUAUCCGAUUUCACCACUCUGGAACAUAACGAGUACCCAAAUUUAAUAUCACAGAACUCAACGAAUGUUAUAAAUCUAAAUAUAUUGAUUUUACGAAUCGUAAAACGCAUCUAAACGUAAUCAUGACAUCAAACACUUGUUAUGAUAAUGGGAAGUUUAUACAUGAUUAAAUCUGUUUAACAUUAAGCGAUAUAUUUUUUUAAAUAUGAUUUUAGAGAAAAGAAAACUGCAUUUGUACUUUAGUUUUUUUUUUAAUAUAAACAUACAAUUUGACGAAUCGCUUUGGAAUUAUUGAGAUUUCAGUGUAAAGUUUUUAUAUUCAAAUCUGGUUUUCUUUAUAUCUACAGGUUGUUGAUUUAACCACUAUGUUUAUGGCCAUAUAGAAUAUACUUAUGUAAGUCCACCUUCCAUCUAUAUGUAUUAGGAGCACGUGUCUUAUUUAGUGCCUUCAUUUUAUAUAAUCAUUAGGAAGAUAAUCUAUCAAAUGACAUGCGAUAUAUAGGCAAAAAUUGAUCAAUGUUUCAAAAUUUAAAUCCGAAUUCAGCACGCUUAACGUGAGCGGAUGUAGGAGUUAUAUUUUAAUGUCAAACGAGAGAAUUCUUGAUAAGUUUAGAUUGUAAUUAAAUGAAUAAUUUAAUUUAUGCUUGUUAUAAAUGUUAGACUAGUCUUACAGUGAAACAGUUUUAUUGUAACGAACAAAAAUAUUCUUUAUUUGUAUUAAUUUACUAUAUAAAUUGAUAGCUCAAAUAUGUAUUUAUUUAGUUCAAGAGUCCAAACAUUAGCCGGUAAUUUUAUGAAACUUUUAAACUCUUGAGUGUGUGUUGGUCCGAAGGUGUCCUGUCGUCUGUUUGUUUGCACACGGCACAACUCUCAGGAGGUUAAUUUUAAUAAAUAAAAUGAGCAUAUUUUUUAAAUACUUGAUUUGCAUAUCAGUCGUAAUUCAGUAUCGUCAUUUAUGAACAGAAGUCUGUUGAUGACAGUUUUAUUAAUCUAAUAUUUUAUUAUUAAGCAUGACUUUUGAGAUGGGUAAUUACGUGACUCGGUGUAAGCUAUUAUGAUUGAAAAUUCUCAAGUAUUUAAUCUCAAUUAUAUUUACUGUUAGUUACACUCUGUGAGUUAUGGUGCAUUGUAUUCAUAAUUAUAAAUAUUUCUUGUAUACGAGUGUACGUAUUAAUAUAAUAUUGGUACAUUUUGUGUCACUUAGC